CGAAGACCAAAGGAGGAGACGCAAAGGAAAGGAAAAAGGGAAAAGUGGCAAGGGAAAGAAGGGUGGGCAGCAGAAGCAAAGCAACACCCCCCCCCGUGACCAGGUGAUCUUUCCUCACUGACAGCGGGGAGGAGACGGAGGAGGAGCCUCUCUUCACUCGUCCAGUCAUCAGUCAGGUCAGGUCCCCAAUGCCUCCUCUCGCCCUCUCAAGCAUCUCCCUACCUCCGUGUCCUGCUCCAUCCAUCCCCAUCCCCAGAUCUGGGUCGCAACCAUCCCUCCCCUGCUCCCGGGCGUCGCAACAACAAGCGCCGAUUCAUUCAGUUACUGCUGCUGAUACAGCUUCCAGUAGGCAACAAUUCCAUCCGUUUCUGAUUGCUGCAGAGGGACGCACGGCAAACAGAGUUCUCAACUUUUCCAGGCAAGUUCGUUCAAUCAGAGGAGGGAGGAUUCAGAAAUGCAUGGUUUCCAUCCAUCUUUCCACGGAAUGGGAAUCCAAACUCUCGUCGAUUUGGUAUCUGAUCCUUCUCCUUUCUUUGCUUUGCUCUGCUGCAGUGCGGGAGAGGUCCCCAAGCCGUCGUCUUUUUCUUGGCCGGCCCGGAGGAGCUCCUCUGCCGGAUCGCUUUCCUUCCCCUUCGACGCUGCCGCAAUGCCGCCAGCGUCAUUAUAAAUCGGCAGCGCUGACCACAUGGUACGCUCCCCCAAAUGCUAGACUACUGUAUGCGAAAGUUGCAAUCUUUUUCUCGUUUCUCCUCGGCAACUUGCCAAUUUGGUCGUCCUUGUUUACAUCAGCAGCGGCGGCGGCGCAGCUGAACUGGACCCACCGGACGAUGCUUUGCCCGAGAUCCGGAUGCUCAUCCAGACAUUCAUCCCCCAUCGCCAUGCGGAUGCGCUGGCUCCUCCUCUGGGCGCUCGCCGCUUUCGCCCCCGCCCCCGCCCCCGCCCUCGCCGCCGGCGAGAUGGGGUACACGCAUUGCGGCUGCGACGGCGGAGGAGGCGCCGGCGGGUUCUGGAGCCUGGACAACAUCUUCAAGUGGCAGAAGGUGAGCGACCUGCUCAUCGCGGCGGCCUACUUCUCCAUCCCGCUCGAGAUCCUCUACUUCGUCGCGGGGCUCCGCCACCUGCUCCCGUUCCGGUGGGUGCUGGUCCAGUUCGGCGCCUUCAUCGUGCUCUGCGGCCUCACCCACCUGCUGGCGGCCUUCACCUACGAGCCCCACCCGUUCAUGGUCGUGCUGCUCCUCACCGCCGCCAAGUUCCUCACCGCGCUCGUCUCCUUCCUCACCGCCAUCACGCUGCUCACGCUCAUCCCGCAGCUGCUGCGCGUCAAGGUCCGCGAGAGCCUGCUCUGGAUCAAGGCCCGCGAGCUCGACCGCGAGGUGGUGCUCAUGAAGCGCCAGGAGGAGGCCAGCUGGCACGUCCGCAUGCUCACCCAGGAGAUCCGCCGCUCGCUCGAUCGCCACACCGUGCUCUACACCACGCUCAUCGAGCUCUCCAGGGUGCUCGCGCUCAACAACUGCGCCGUCUGGAUGCCCUCCGAGGACAAGUCCGGAAUGUGCCUCACCCACGAGCUCCGCCGGGACAGCGACGAUGAUGGCGAGGCCGUCGUCGCCGCAGACGACGCGGACGUCCUCGAGGUCAAGGCCACCGACGGGGUCAAGCUGCUGCCGCCGGACUCGGUCCUUGGGUCCGCCAGCGGGGGUGGCAAGGAGGGGACCGGCACCGUGGCCGCGAUUCGGAUGCCGAUGCUCAAGGUCGCCGACUUCAAGGGUGGAACGCCCGAGGUGAUCAAGACGAGCUACGCCGUUCUGGUUCUGGUGCCGCCCAGUGACAGGAACUGGGCGCCGCACGAGCUGGAGAUUGUCGAGGUGGUUGCCGAUCAGGUGGCUGUCGCGCUCUCGCACGCCUCGCUGCUCGAGGAGUCACAGGCGAUGCGCGACAGGCUGGCCGAGCAGAACCGCGAGCUGCUGCAGGCGAGGCGGGACGCGCUCAUGGCGAACGAGGCCAGGGACGCAUUCCAGCGCGUCAUGAGCCAGGGAAUGCGGAGGCCCAUCCACUCCAUCCAGGGACUGGUGUCCGUGGUGCAGGAGGAGGGCCUGACGUCUGAGCAGAAGCUCGUCGUCGAUACUAUGGCACGGACCGCAACCGUCGUCUCAACGCUCAUCAACGAUGUCAUGGAGAUGUCCGCCGCCAACCAGGAGCGCUUUCCGUUGGAGACGAGGCCAUUCCACCUGCACUCCAUGAUCAGGGAUGCCGCCUGCGUUGCACGGUGUCUCUGUGACUUCAGGGGGUUUGGAUUCGCGGUGCAUGUCGAGAAUGUGCUGCCGGACCUUGUCAUUGGCGACGAGCGGAGGAUUUUCCAUGUCUUGUUGCACAUGGUUGGCAAUCUGAUUGGUCGAAUCGAUGUGGGAAAUGUCACGUUCCGGGUUCGUGCUGAUGAUGAGGCGAUGGAGGACCAGAGGUGGAAUCCGUGGAGGCCAAGCUACUCCGGUGGGCACUCAUCGGUCAAGUUUGUGAUUGGGGUGAAGAGGCAGCAGAAUGCUGACUCGCCAAGCUCGCUUGCACAGUUCUUGCGGAGGCCAAGGACCGAGGGGUUUGAUCUCAGGCUCAGCUUCAGCAUGUGCAGGAAGCUUGUGCAGAUGAUGCAAGGGAACAUCUGGGCAAUUCUCGACGGCCAAGGACUCCCUGAGAGCAUGACCCUGGUCCUGAGAUUCCAGCUUCAACCAUCAUUGGCGAGCUCCAGCCUCGGAGGGUCAUUUGAUCUGCAAUACCCAUCACCAACUAACCAAAUAGCCGGGCUGAAGGUUCUGCUCAUCGACGACGAUGAAAUCAACCUAGUCGUGGCUCGGAAGCUCCUGGAGAGGCUAGGCUGUACCGUUUCCUCGCUCCCCUCAGGCUCAGGAUUCAUGAACUCCGUCGGCCCUUCCUCUACCUCGUCCCAGCUCGUCAUGGUUAACCUGGAGAUGUCAACGAUUAAUCCCCUGGAUGCUGCCUCGAGGAUCAGGCAGUACAGGAGCUCGCACUGGCCCCUGGUGAUGGCCAUGACAUCGGAGCAGAACGUGUGGGAGAAGUGCGCACAGUCGGGGAUCAACGGCGUCCUGAAGAAGCCGCUUGUUCUGCAGGAAGUGAAAGAAGAGCUCACGCGGAUUCUUCAGAACACAUGAUACUUACAAAUUAUUGGUGGGUUCCUUUGCUGCCUGCCAAGAGCUCUGAACUCUGAAGUAGCCAAACAUGGCGCCACCCUGACUGACGAUGAAUACGACCCCACUGUCUAGCAUAGCAGAAGAAAAAAUUUACAGGCUCUCGGAAUACAUAGGCUGUCGAGGGUUUCUGGUGUCUUGCAGCACAAUUGCUGGAAUAUGGCAAAUGGUAGUGAAAUGGCAAAUGCCGAUGUGCCUUGGUGAGUCUAUUCAGAUGGGAAUUGCGGUGGCCUGAGAAUGAAGGAGAGUCUGAUACUUAGUCCUUCAUAGAAACCUGGGUGGUGGUAUAUGUAAUGGCCAGUAGUGGCAAUAAGGCUGAAGUUUUGUAAGUUAGCUAACCUGGUUGUAAGGAUCUAAUGUAGGGAGUUCCACAAUUGUAUUUAUCACCACCUUUUAGGAAUGGAAGAAUGACCCAUUCACUGCCCUUAUGAGCAGAUUA